UUCUCGUGAGUGCUAUCUUGCACCGGGCGCGACCAUGGCUAUCGGAAUUUUAUUGCUCACGGCAGCGAUUGCCCUCCUGGGCUAUCUAUACUUGCGAAUGCAUCGCAACAUGCAGCACUGGCAAAAUGCGGGCAUUCCCUGCGAGGAGCCCCACAUUCUGAUGGGCAACUUGAAGGGCGUGCAGACUGAACGAUCGUUCCUGGACAUUUGGAUGCAGUAUUACAAUAAAUUCAGGGGAACUGGACCUUUUGCCGGAUUUUAUUGGUUCCAGCGUCCAGCUGCGUUUAUUUUGGAGCCCUUCCUGGUGAAACACAUUCUGAUAAAGGACUUUAAUAAAUUCACUGAUCGAG